UAUAGAGAUAGAGUUGAAGUAAUGAGCAACACAACAAAUAAUAAUACAAAGAAGCUAAGUGGUAGCGGAACUUAUUAUACUGCUGGUGGCGGUGUGACGAUGAAGGGAAUGAUCAACUUUCUUGCAGAGGCAACGAUGGCUUUUAUCAACUUCUCAUUGUUAGUCGAAUACAUCUCGAUCAUCUGGUUCUAUCCAAUGGGCUUCAUGGGCUUCACUGGAAUGGAGGCAUUCUUGGUCGUCUACUUCAGCCCACUGCUGCUCGGCAUUGGCGUCGUGAGACGUUUGCUCAGCGGACGCGUCAACACCUUUGUUCGUCUCGUCGCCCAGCUGAUGGCGUUGGCCGCACUCUACCCAUACCACAUUGACACCGAGACCGUCGAGAAGCACGAGAUCGAUCUGUGGAGAAACCCACACGUGACCAAGACCGUGUUUGUCGGUGCCGGUCUCGCCUUGGACUGGCUGUGCCAGAGCCGUCUGUUUGUCAACAACGCCAGCGCGACCCGUCGCGACCGUGUCAGCUACGCCUACAUCGUGGCCAUCGCCGUCCAGACUCUCAUCAGACUGCCCUACCUCUCAGUCAACCCCUUCAUGACCUGGAGGGACUGGAUCGUCGCUGGCGCUGCCCUCGUCGCCCUCUCCUUUGUCGUCCUGAUGUUUGACUCUAGCUCGUCGGGCGAGAACUCCACCGAGGUGCGCCGUCCAACCCAGCCACACUCGGCCACCCUGGUCACUGGCAUCAGCUUUGGCGGUGUUCUCUUCACCUCGCAGCUCUUCCUCUCUUCGCACGGCAUUGUGCCACGUUGGGUCAACCUGCUGCCAUACCCAUCGGGCAUCGUCAUCAUCAUCGCCUUGCUGGUUGGCAUCGUCCUGUCUCGCAAGAGCUCAAUCGUCUCGUCUCAGACCUACUUCUUCACUGCGCUGGCCAUGGGCGUGCUCUUUGGCUUCUGCUCAGGCUCCGUCCCAUUCUCUGUGAGCUUGGUUGGACUUGCAGCCGGUUCAUUCCUCGUUGCCUACACCAUCUCACUCUGGCCAACCAUCAUUGAGAAGAUGUCCAACAGCAACAGAACAUUCCUUCUCUUUGUUUAUGGUUUCCUCACCUAUGUUGUCCUUCUCUUCUGGGCCAUCAUUGUUGUUUCUUAUAAAUUCCUUCCAUGGUUCUUGGGCGCCAACUUGUUUAGAGAGCGUCACCAAACGAUGGUGAUUGCUGCGAUCAUUACAACUGGACUUGCAGCUGUGAUGAAGACAAGAACUACAUUGCCAAAGAAGGAGGCCAAGUCAUCAAACAGUCUCCCACGCGAGGUUGUCUAUUUGAUCUUCUCAAUGUUGGUCCUCUUGCUGCUGUUCUCUGUCAACAGGAGUCUGACACACGCCACCGACGCCUCAGUCGCCGGCAACCAUUACGAGCGCAUCAUCAACAGCACCCACAUCCAAAACAUCCCACCCAAGGAGAUCAAGUCCAUGAUCUGGACCAUCCACUUUGGCUACGACAACUAUGGCCGCAACAGUUUCUCCAACAUCACCGACGCCAUCCGUGGCCACGGCGCCAACGUCAUCGGUCUGCUCGAAUCUGACCUGUCACGUAUUAUGACAUCGAAUCGCGAUCUCGUCGAGUGGCUCUCCAGCGAGCUGCACAUGUACAGCGACUUUGGACCUGCUCCCUCUGAGAACACAUGGGGCUGCGCCUUGCUCUCUGUGUUCCCCAUCGUGAGCAGCAACCACGUGAUUCUGCCCUCGCCAGAGGGUGAGCUCGCCUGUCUUAUCGACGCCAUCAUCACCGUGAACGAGACACCUGUCAACGUCAUCGUCACACAUUUCGGCAACACAGAGGACGAGUUGGACCGCAAGCUGCAGGCUGCCGGUGCCGCCGAGAUCGUCAAGAAGAACGACAUGCCAACCGUGUUCCUCUCGUACAUCACCGAGAAGACCGGAGGCAACAACUACAAGACUUUGAUGGCCAGUGGACUCCAGGACACUACCGCCGAGCGUCGUUACUGCCAGUAUCUCUUCUACAAGGGAUUGGACAUGGGCGAGUUCAAGAGAUGGGGAUGUGGAGAGAUCUCUGACACUGAGGGACAACUUGCCACCUUCACCACCAAGCCCGUCGUCAACAACAACGCUGAUGCCGCUGAUGCUUCUGCUCCAACU